AUGUCCAUCCUGAGCUGGCCCCGGUCCUGUCGUGAGGAUGACUCUGUUGCGACUCUCGACCGCCUCGGUGCGCCCACUUGCUCUAACAUCACUGUGAAUGCGCCCUAUCCUGGUCUCGGCUCUCUGUCCUCGAGCAUCUCGCAUAAAUGGCUGAUCGUCAAUGGCUCGUGCAAGUCCGUCGCUGAUGGCUACCGUGUACAAUUCAGUCUGCCAUCUUAUCUCGGAUCGUGUAUCCACUUGGCUGCUGGAGUGUCCUUGGUGGCCAGGGAAACGACUCAAUCCACCUCUCCGGGUGGAUCGAGCCAUUCCGCUACGCUCCGUGCAACAUUUGACCUUGAAUCGGUGGCAGAGGUCGCGGUCAGAACGGAAGCGUCUGGCUCGGCUCUAAUCAGUUGGGAUCCUCCGAGUGGCCUCACGCCGGAUGUCCGUGUCCCCUGGGGACUUCCCUUUGCCAUGGCUCAUGGGGUAAUGGGUGCUGAGGUCGGGCCGGGCAUGAACAGGCCCAUGGACACGAAUCCGUCCUCCGUCCUUCGGAUCGGGAACUGA